AUGUCGUGCAAAAAGCACGCCUCGCGCCGACAGCUUGGUUUCCUGAUUUGCUUUUCCCCAGAGGCAAAACCCGAAGGAAAGAACCGAGCCCACCACGUCGACCCAGAGCAGCACAGGGCAGCUUGGGUGUGUGUGAUCAACUGGCGGGGAGAAGGCGGCGCCCCGUUGGCAAGCCCAUGUCCAUUGAUUGAUUUUGAUUGA